CAUUUUUAACUGAACACUUCUAUUCUUCAGUGCAGUUCAUACACAACAUCGUUCAGGCGUAAUCGCUGUAAAAAAAAAAAAAAAAAACUAUCGUGUAGGUAUUAUAGCAACAACAUCAUUAAUUACUUAAAAUGGAACAGUGGAAAGGCAAGGUGGCAAUAGUUACCGGGGCUAGUGUUGGAAUCGGCGCAGCGAUCGUAACCGAGUUGAUCAAAUAUGGUGUUAAUGUUGUUGCACUGGCCAGAAGAGAAAAUAAACUUCAGGUAAAAAAUAAAUAAAUUUAAAUCUUAAAUCAUUUUAAAUAGGUACAUAUCUACCUACCUAAAAUCUGGUUCAUACGAGCCAGUAUAAAGUAUUUGAAGAGUUCCUUUAAAAAGGAACUAGUUCACGUUCACGUUCAUCUUGUUAAAAUAGGACUAUUCCAUGCUCGUUCCAUGAUUGAAGAAAAGAACAUAUUUCGUUCCUCAAAUACAAAUACAAAUUUAUUUAUACAUUAUAUAAUUAUUUGUAUUGAGUUUUAAUAUUUUAUAAUAAUAAUUGAUUCCAUAAACACAAAACUUGAACACAUCCUUCACAAGAAACAUCGGACCUUAUAUAUUAUUGAAAAGUGUAUUUUUUUUCAAAUUUAUUUAGGGUUUUUAAAUUUGUUUAAAUUAUAUAGGUAUUUACUAUUUUACGAUAAUCUAUUCGACUAUACUAUCACAUAUCGGUGAGUAUGAAUUAGAAAAAUGUAAAUACAAUAUUUUCAAAAUUAACAAAAUGAUGCUAACAAAAAAAAGUCAUAAAAUACAAAUUGAAUCCCCAAAGAGUUAUAGGUAAUUACCUAUAUUUUUAAAUAAAUAUAAAUUAUAAAAUCACGUUUUAUAUUUUUGACUUUGUUAUCGAUACGGGUCAUAAAUACUAAUAAAACCGAAAUAAUGCUCUGAGCUAUGUUUUUUUUACCUAUAUAUAUUUAUUUUGUUUUUAUUUUUUUGAUCAUAGUUAACAAAAAAAAAAAAAAUUAAACUAACUCCGAUUAGAAUCGUUUUCCAUAUUGCAAUAAUAUAUCGUUUAUAUAGUAUUUUAUUUAUGUUUAGUUUACAGACGAGGUCCAAAUGAUACGUUAAAUACAAGAUAAAAAUGUAAUGUACUAAAAUUUAGUUUCAAAAAUGUACAAACAAUUUAUCGUUCCACAAAGAUAAUUUAAAAAGUGAACGAGAAUUCGAGGUUCGCUGUGUGAAAGAGACGAAACAUGGAAUCAUUGAUUAAUUAGAUAUUUGGAAGGGUGAUGGAUGUGAAAAGGAACAAUGGAUCGGGUAUGGCGUGGAGGAAUUCUGAAAUUUAUUUUAGUGCGUAAGUAAGGAUUGAUUGGAAAUAAGUUUGGAGAGUAACCGAAGGCCAAAAGCCAAAUUAAGUAUAUAAACUAAAUUUUCAUUACCCUAUGUAUCCUACCUUCUUAACUAUUUACCUACACCAACUACGGUCUACUCAUGGCUUGGAUUAUAUUAUUCGGUAUUACGAGGAAAUUAGACAACAAUGCCCGCUAAUAAUGCCUAGUCAUACUUUGUGUAAACUAAAUAGCUCCAACUAUGUGCAACAUAUUAACUUCUUGUAUAGGACUUGGUUGUUUUUAUUUUUAAUAAUAUGACUAUUCAACUAUAUUGUAAUUAUUACCUAGAAAAAUACUGAUAUCACCAUCUACUGUGACAAUGACAGGUUUUCAUUAAUAGGCAAAAAAUACAAUAAUACAAUAUAAGUCGAUAAUAUUGACAAAAAUACAUUGAUGCAAAUUCAGUGUAACAUAUAGUGAUGAUGCGAUACAAAACAAGAUUUCGGAUUCCAGAUGGUGAAUUCCGGAAUUCAAAUUUUAAAAAUUGAAAAUUAUCAACUUAUAGUGAUUUAAUUACGAAUAAUGUAUUAGGUACCUAUUUUAAAGAUAAACAAAUUCAAAAUCAGAUUUUCAUUUUCAUUUGCGUGAAGUGUUGAAAAAAUUGAGUUCACGAUAAGUAUAAAAUUUCGUUUUUAAAUGUUUGUGAGUUCGCGAAAAGUCCAUGUCUAAAUAUAUUAUAAUCAUAUAAUCUUUAAUAUGCAAAAUUAUGUCCAAACAUUAUAAUAAUCGAAUAAAAACGUUUAAGCAUAACUUCUCUACAAUUAGUUUUUAAUAAUUGAUUAUUCGUUAACGAUCAGUUUGACAUGAUAUUUGUAUUUAAUUUUCGUAGGAGUUAAAAGAAUCGCUAACCAGAAAUGUUAAUCUUCCUAAUCAUGGAAUUAUUUAUACAAAAGUUUGCGACGUCACAGACGAAAAUGCUGUAAAAGAAGUUUUCUCAUGGGUGGACGCAAAACUAGGAGGUCUCAGUAUUUUAGUGAACAACGCGGGAACAGCAAAAAUAACAAGCCUUUUAAGUGAGUACCUUUAUAUAAUGCCAUAUUAAAAUACAUGUAUUUGCAACUAUCAUUGUCGUGUAACUACGAACUAUAUUUUGUAUUCUUUUAGAUGGGAAACUGGAAGAUUGGCAAGACACGUUCAAUCUAAACGUCAUAGCGUUGGGAGUAUGUUCGAGGGAAGCUUAUCAGUCAAUGACGAAAAAUAAAAUCGACGGUCACAUUAUUCAAAUAAAUAGGUACCUAAUUAUAUCGUAAAUAUACUACAAAAUUUUAAUUGAUACAGUAAAUAAGCCCAUUAAAAGACGCAUUCGUGUUUUAAUAAAACGGAUUGGUUUUUUUGGCGAAUAUAUAUACAUCGAACAUAUAUGUAUGCAAUUAAUUAGCUAACAAAUAAAAAGAAAACAAUUUUUAAACAAGUCUAUUAAUUAACUUAAGCCUUUUUUCUCCGAGACAAACGAUAUAUUUACUAAAAUAACCAGCCAAUUCUACUUUUAAUUGAUACAAUUUUAUAUUUUGUUUAUAUAAUAUUUAUUAAUAAUGAAAAAAGACCUUUAUAGUUUAAUACCCCUAUGCCUAAAGUAAAUAAAUUGCAAUGUACAAAACUUCAAAAAAAUUUUGUGAUGUGGUGAUCCAUGUUAUGUAUACAUUUCUCUAUUUCAGUAUGGCUGGUCACAGCAUUUCGCCGUAUUUUGGGUUCAAAGUGUACAACGCUUCAAAGACAGCUCUCACAGUAUUGUGCGACGGACUACGACACGAACUACAAUUAACGGGAUCGAAAAUCAAAGUUUCGGUAAAUUCUCGUAAAAUAUAUACAUACAUAUAUUAUAUUAUAAUUCUAAUACAAUUUUAUUUUAUGCUGACGGAUAGGUAUAAGAUUAGUGUUUUUUUUUUUUAUUUUUCUGAGCGAAACGAGAAACUAUAUGUUUCAAGUGCUCGAAAGGAAUUGGCACUUUUUUAUUUAAGUCUCGUAGUCCUUCUUCUUGUAUUAUAUCAAUAUUCGAGCACUGGCUAUUCUCCUCACCAGUAACUUUAUAGUUUAUAGCCUAUAAGGGAAGCCAUAUAUUGGUCGGGUAUACGAUGAUUAUUUAUUAUUUCUCGAUGAUUAUAAUAUGCUAAUAGAAUUUGUUUAUUUUAUUUUUACAAUUUUCGUUCGGAAAGCUAUAACUUAUAGCCAUUAUGAUAUACCGUUAGUCGAAUUGAUGUAGUCUCGUAUUUAUCAGAAGUUGAUACUUGCUGCUUACUAGUAGAUCAUUGUAAUUGUUGGUGUAUAGUUGGGUAAUACACGAGUAUUAUGAAAUUAAAACAUAUAGAAUAUUGAGUAUUAUAGUUUAUAAUGUGUUGUAUAUGCCACAAUAAAUCAUAGCAAACGAAAAACGAUUCUGGGCAAAGAAGUAUAAGUUUUGUUUUUGGUUUUUCGAUUGUUUCAAAGGCUUAAGGCAACUCAGAAAUUUACAAAUAUCAAAAUAUCAAUAAAAAGAACCAAGAAUGUGAAAAAUAAAAUACUAUCGAGAAAAAUGUCUACAUCUUUAAAGGUAUGACAUAAAAAAACCAAAAUAUUUUUACUAACGCAAAAAGUGUUUUCUAAGAAAACAACACCUCUUGUCGGUAAUAAUAACUUCUUCACCUCCAUCUGAACUAUUUAGAGUAGGUCAACACUCAGAAUUUAAAAUAUACGAUAAUACUUUUAACCAGUUAACCUUUCCUAUACUCAAAACCAUUGUUAAAUGCUUGGCGGAGAAAUAUUAUAGACCCUAAUAUCAAUAUUAAUUAACUUAUUUAACUGAUACUAUUGUUUUUAAUGAACGAUAAUUUAUUAUUGAUUAGUUCAUUUUAUUUUCAGGUUACAAAUUAUGUUAUAAACUGUAAUCUAUAUCAAAUCCAUACGUAUAUUAGUGCGUAUUCGUUAAAGUUAUACUAUAUUAUGUUUAGAAUAACCAAAAUCGACUUUAUAUUAGAGUUUUAAGAAGUAAAUAUGUUUGUGUUCAGCAUAAUAACAAAAUAAUUUUACAUCAAUCUCGAUUUUUUCGUAUGAACAUUUGUGUGCAUGUUUUGCUAAUUUUAUCAUCAACAUCAUAUUUUCCCUAGUAAUAUUACACAUAUAUUUGUUUAGUUUCCGGCCUUUAGACCAUCCCCUAAAACAAACUUCUUUAUCUCUCUUAAUCUUCGGCUACAUUCCUCCAGUUAUAUAAUAAGCAAAUAGGUAGGUAUUUAUAUUUUAUAAGUUCGUUUUCGGUUAUUCUUUGCCUACGUUAAAUUUUGAUAAUCAUCUUUAUUUUAUUAUUUUAGAUUCUAAGUGUAGUGAAGAAUGUAUUGGUUUUACAAUGAUGUUUUUUUUUCUUUUUUAUAUACCGACAAAAAUUGCUAACAGAAAUCUUGCUUCGAUAUGUAAGCGUGGUGCCAUUUCUAAAAAGAAAUAUUAUCUAAAUAGUACUUUAAGAUCAUUUUUUGAUGUUCCGUGUAGUUUUUUUAAUAAUCGAGCAAGAUAGAAAAAAUGUAAAAAGAAUGUGAACAUUUACGUAAAUAAUACUUUUAUUAUUUUCAUUUGUGUUAUUCUGUUUGGAUUCGGUGAACAAUUUUUGUUGAGUCUUAAAUUUUGACAAAAAAUGUAUGGUUGGUUUUUUUAUACGUGGUAAACUUCUAAUAACAUUUAAUUUGUUUUUGUGCUAUUUAUAGACAUUUUAAUUUUGCGAGUAUUUUAUGUAAUUUUUAUUCGAUUGGCACGCUGUGGUUAAAAUUGUUGGACUACACAGUAUUACUUGAACAUUUAAAAGGAUGUUAAUUAUAAUUUGACUUUUUGAUAUAAAAAAAAAAAAAAUAUUUGAAUGUAGUAUUUUUUUUUUUUAAGAAAUUCAAUUUAAAAUUUUAACGAAAAUAAUUACGGCCUUCUAAAACAUGAAUAACCGAAUUUUGUUCCGAAUCGUAUAGCAUCGGUUAAUUGUUGUUUACGGAUAUAAAUUAAACAACUUAAUAUUGAUACUUUAUCUGUCUUUUUCAAUUUGUUUGAAAAAAUACAAAUAAUUAUUAUCUAAUUCCCUCACGUAUAUAUUUGUAUUUUUACAAUGUUAUUAGUAUUCUAAAGUGCUACAGGCAUUGAUUUUUUUUUUUUUUUUUUUUUUUAUCGAUUUAUAUUGUUUAUGUUUUUACGGAAUUUUCGUUAUUUAUAUUGUUAUUGUAUAUGAAAACGGCGUCGAUGGGAUCUUAUCGCAAAUAAGAAGUGUUACGAGUAAAAGCGUUUGUAAUAGUUCUCAACGUUUUCAACUGUGGACACAUUAUAUUUUUUAUUAACGUUAAUACGAUAUAAGUACGUGAUUUUUGAUUAUAAUUAACAUAUAUAAUGUUACAAAAUAACAUCUCCUUUUUCUAGGCAAUUUCAUAUAUAUUUAUGUAUUAUCAGUGUUUUUUAGGUGCUUAUACAGUUUUCUUUUUUUUAUACUCGACUUUGGACGGAUAUUGGAUAGAUUAAUUGACUCUAUAUAGUUUUUUAUACUAUAAAUUACCUGAUUUGUUUAGAUUUGUUAAUCAUUAAGUUUUAAAAAUCAAAAUUUGACACUGCAGUGUAGUGUGUUGGCAGUUUGGAAUAUUAUGAAAAUCAAAUACAUACCUGUACUUAUUUAUUUGUCGAAAGUUAAAAGGUUAAAUUUUAAUUUUACAAGGUGUUUUCAAAAUAGUUGGCAAAAACCGGAAAGAAAAUUGUGUGUAAAACGGAAAAUACUUUACAGCGCCCUGCGACGUUGUUUUUAAUUUUUGCAAAUUAUGUUAUUAAUCAGAAAUAUUGCUCCAAUUGAAAAAUUAUAAGAGCUAAAUUUUGUUCUUAUUAAAAUUUAGCCACUGCCGAAGAAUAUAGUUUUUCGAUAUCCAAAGUAAAUUUUCUAAUAAUUACGAAAAACCUAGGAAAAACGUAGGAAAUACCGCAAAGUGUAGGCAUUUGAGUUUUUUGUUGUUAUUUGGUGAAAAAUUACUGUUGAAAUCUAUAAUUUUCACACAAUACUAAUAUUGGCCUUUAAUGUGAUGAAAUUUUUGAAAAAUUCCAACUAUUUUUAAGUAUUUGAUAUUUUUGUAUUUUUAUAUGUAUUAUUUAGUAUACGAGGUAUCGUAGGUAUUAGUUAUUAACAUUAAACGACUGAGAAAAAAGUGUUCAAUCAAUAAGUGGUAAUAAUAAUAAUACAUUUUAAUCAAUUAGCGAGUGGAAUUACAGCCUGCUGCCUAAUUAUGGGUAUUUCUCUCUGAACAUACGAAAAUUAUAAAAAAUCACGUAUUUAAUGAAAAUAUAAAAUUGAAACAUUAACAUUUCCAGAUGAAUAUAAACUCUAUAAAAUGGCUAUCAUCAAAUUUAAAAAAAAAAAAAUAAUGUUUUUUUUUUUAGUUUUUUAUCAAAACAUAAAAAAUGAAUUGCAAUAUAAAUAUAUUUGUACUCCGUAUCCCAAUGAGUAAUAUAAACGAAACCAAAAUUUGAUUACCUAAUACCUAUGUCCUAUAUUAUAUCUGAAGAUAUUUCAACGGGUAUACCUUCAUGAGACACCCUGUAUAUUAUGAAUAAUUAGUUAUUGUGUAAAAGUAUUUUUAACGUUUUUUGAAAAAAUAUUGUGAAACCAAGCUUUGCACGUAUUAGCAACUAUGCAUGCUCUCAUUUUCGUACAGAAUCGUAUUAGUUUAAGGGUUAGGCAGUAAAAAAGGACCUUUUUGCUAAGUGUACGGAACAGUACUGCCAAAAGGGACAAACAAACAUAUCGUAUAUACAGCAUACACGGAUUCACUAUGUUUUACAAUUUUAAAUUCAGGUAAAAAGAUUAUUCGUGUAGUUUACAAAUGGGGACUGUAAAGGGAUUCCAGUAAUCGUUUUCAGUCCAUCAUCAUCGCUAGUCCAAUUGUUCGGUCACGCAUGCCAGUCACUCGUCAAUAUCCUCUGCAGGCUUUUUAGUGAAAUUCAACGAUGGCGAUUUUCCAUCAUCCUCAUCCUCAUCCAUCAUACCUCUUAUUGUCUGUUUUGUGAUGCACAAUUACGUCGUCGUGCAUAUUUUAGUAUUUUACGUCUAUACAGUUAUUAAAAGACCAAUGAACUUUGAGUGCUACUAUGUGGCAGGUACGCCCACGACUAUUUAUAGUUUCCUGUGUAAUACCUAUAGGGGUAAAGUGUACCACGGAUCACUGCCACCGUCGUUCUCAAUGAUAAUUAACCGGAUACCUACGCGUUCACUUCCGGUUACUGUCGGAUAGAAACGGAUACGUAUAAUAUAAUAUGUAGGGAACGGUCAAAAAGCACCAUUUGAAAAUAGUAGGACAAAGUCCGGACGAAUAUUUUUUGAGUACCGGACAAAAAGGCAGUGAAAAAACAAAUAUUUUUUUUUAAACAUCAAUAUUAAUAUGAAUAUAUAUUUUUUUCCAGACUAUUGCGUUUAAACAUUUGCAAAACGAAAUUAGUGAAGAUAAUUAACUAUAAUAAUUAGGUACUAUAGGUGUAGAAAUUAUUUUUAAUAAUUUUUUUAUUAAAAUACUUUAUAAUAAUAUACUCAUUUGUAUGAAAAUAACCAUGUAUUAUUGUAUUUUACUGAUUUUUUGCCAGCCAUUAAAAAAAUACGGCCAUACUUCAACUAUUUUCAAAUGGGAUUUUUCGUACCCAUUUUUUAAUCGUGCAAAUUUAGUUUAAGGAAUUGGAUACCAUAGUUAUUUUUCUUUUUUAUCCAACAUAAUGUACUCAACACAGCAACUUAGAUAAAUUUGCGGCACUAAAUCCGAUGGAUUUUGUGAAGUGAUUAGAAUUCUCAAAACAGAUUUGAAUUCAGCGUGAAGUGUACACUAAAUCAACCAGAUCACUUUUAAAAUUUAAUUUAAGGUACUUUAAAAAAAAAAUGUAUGUACUAUUAUUCAUUUUAAAAUUUCAUUUCAAAUUUUUAGAAACUAAAAACAUAAAUUCAAAAAAGUUGCCAGAUCGGUCUUACGUUUACUUUGCGUUGAAUUCAAAUCUAUUUUCAGAAUUCUCAUCGUUUCACUACAUCGAUUAGACUGGUUGCUGGAAAAUUUAUCUAAAUUGUUAUUCUGCGUAUUUGUUAGACAAAGUAAGAAAAUAUUGGUGUCCCGUCCAUUUAAGUAUAUAGGUACGUUUUAUAAGUACGAACGCACGAGUUGUGUUUUUAAUUGGGAUUAAAAUCGUCAUAACUGACGCAAAUAAUAAUUAUUAUUAUAUAUGCAAAUCCGUUACGGGCGUGUACACACCGCGUCGUCGCGCCUGAAAAAUUUCAAGUACAUACCCAAUCAGCAAUAAGUACUUACGUCUAAUCAAUGUGGUUUUUUACAGACAUCAACACGAUUUUUUUUAAAUGUUUGUCGUCAAACGUUAAAAAAAAAAAAAAAACUGAAUAAUCCGAUAAAAUAUUGGCGAAUUAUACAUGUAAUUAUUUUAUAUACCUACACAAAUGCACGAAACGACAAUUAUUUUUUCACACAUUAUUCGUAGUGGAUGUUUUGAAGAAAAAUAUUUUUUUUUUCAUAUGUGAAUAAGUUCUGCUUUUGAGGAUCGUUCGUUUUCACAACAUUUUCUCUAUUAUGUGAACCCGCAUACAUUAAAAUCCGUUGGGAUCACAAAUAUAUUUUUGUUAAGUACCUACGGUACCUACCUAUUUUAUUAUUUGCAAUAUUACAAAUAUCGUUUUCGGGCCAUGGCGUAUCCAGCGAUGUGGCGAUAACCACCCUCCAAAAUUGCACGAAAUUUGAAUUUUUUUUUUUUAAUUCUUGUGUAAUAUACUAUAAAAAACAACUUCUUGUUCUUCUUUUCCUCCGCCUUUAUCUCAAUUAACUAAACAAAAUUACAAUAUGUAAUAUGUAACCAAUUAUAGUCUUAUACUGCCCCCUCCAAAAAAAUACAUAUCCGGUUAGAUAUUGCUCUCAACUAUAUAUCUUUAAAAGUUUCCGACCUACAAACAACAUUUCACUCCCACGCACAUAACUUAAACCUUUAAUUAAUUUAGUAUACAAUAGUUAUAAUAUUCUGUUCAAUAUAUACAUUUCUAUUAUAUAUUCUAUAUUAUAUCCAUAAUUUACGGACCGUAAAAAACUUUAUACGAGUUUCGUCGUUAAAUAACAAUAUAUCAGCUACUGUAAUAGUAUAUAUGUCUGAAAACUAAGUUAUAUAUAACUGAAAACCGUAUAUGAUACUAAUUACAGUUAAAGAAGGUAUUUUUUUUUUUUUUUUUUAAAGACUGAUACUGUUGAUGAGUGUGCAACUGUUUUAGGAUGGAAGUUAGAAACGAGGAUACACAGAGUAAUUUAUAUCUAUCACAAUGACAAAACAAUUACUACCAAAAAAUUAUUCUGAGCAGAAUCAUAUUGUUUCCCUUGUAACCCAGAAACCAGCACAAAUUAUUCAAGGAAUUGGUAGUUUUUCCCAAAACAAUAGGGAAAAUUUAAAAAAAUGAUCUUAAUGCAACAAAUAAAUCAAAGAUUCUACAAGAAAUAAUGUACCAAUGAAGUUUUUGAUCGGAGUGUAAUUUCUGGUAGGUAUUAGACAAAUUCUUUAAAGACACACAAAAUACCACAUCAUAGUAAAACCAAUAAAUUAUUCGCUUCAAUCAGAAUCUAAAACAAUUGCCCGAAAUUACUGCAGGCGUGAUGGCUUUAGAAAUUAUUCUUGGAUUGAAUUAUUGUUAUUUUCUAAAUCACAAUAAAAUAACAAAAUCAUCGUAAUUACGAAAAUGCGCCAGUCAUUAAUAUUAUUUAUACCAUACAAUUGAUAUUCUAUCAUCGAUUAUUACACAGAUAAAGUCGACUUAUUAUAGUACUUAGUCGCAUGCUGUAAAAUCAAAAUUGUAUGGGCACCAAUCCCUUAUUAGAUUAUAGGUAUAGAUUAGAAUGACGUACUGUUAAAAAAUAUUAUAAUUUUAAUUGAACGAUUUUAUAAAAAUCGCUAUCACACUGCUAAUGAACGGAUGGUAUGUUGUAUGAUCUCCUCCGAGAUAGGUUAAUCACAUACGUACGUGACAUAAAUAAUAAAUAUAUUUAUCAAUACGCUUUUUAUGAUAUUACCUGAUAUAAAUAUUAUUUAUUACUUUUGCAUGUUGAAAUAACCUUAAACUUUUAUUAAGUAUACAUUUUGAGAAUAAUUAUUGAAUCUCAUUAUUAAACCUUGCUUUCGCCUAUACAAUUUCACCUAUGGGCGCCCAUAGUCAUAGGUAAACUAAAUUUAAAAUAAUCUAAAAUUAUUGAUGUUUAUACUUCGAUUUUGACCCAAAAUUGCAGCAAAAUUAUUGCAGUAGUGUUCCAAUCUUCCAUAAUAUAUUUCUUAAAUCCUUUAUUUUUCAAAAUAAUAUUGUGAGAUUUCAAAUUAUAAUACAUUUGUACAAUGGUCAAUAUUAAACUAUUAGUUAUCUAUCUAAUCUAUCCUACUUUGGUAAAAAUAAGUAUAAUCGUAUGCUUAAAAUACAUUUAAAUUUUAUUUAGAUCGCUAAGCUGUUUUAGGUUCUGAGCAGAGCGAGGGAUAUAUUGAUUUUUCCAUGAAGUUUAUUUUUUUUUCUGUGAACGAAAUUUCUAUUAGUAAAGUUGUUCCAAUUUUCAAGUAUAGCACUUUUUCUGAAAUGAAAUCUGACUGGAGUAUAGUGCAUUAAGGUGGUUAUUAUUUGAUUUCCUCAAGAGUUUUUCCAAUAAUUGGAAAAAACGAGAAAAUGUACGAAAUGUUUUAUUACGGCUUUUUUUUUCUGUGAACAACUUUUUACCAGCAAUUUUCCUCUGAUUUUCAAGUGUAGUACCUUUUCUGAAAGGAAAUUUUCCUAGAAUGGUACAAUAGGAAGAUGCGACAGUUUAAAUUUAAUUUUAUCCUGAGUACAUGUACAUUUAUUAUCGACAAACUAUCUUUAACAAAGAUUGAAAUAAAAAUAAAGCAAUAACGAAUUAUUGGUAAUUUAACACGAAGCCGUGAAGAGAAGGAAAAGGAAAAACUGAGAGAUUCAAAAACCACAGACUUACAGUAUACACGUAUAGUUACAAUAAAGUUUGUAAAACCGCACACUUACUGUAAUGUGUUGAAACCGCACAUUAUUUUAAGGGUUCAUGUACUUAUUCGUAAACCGCACUCUUUGGUUUUUUCAAUAUUUAUAAUAUCAUGAUGUUAAUAAUAUGAUAAUAUUAUUUUAUACAUUUAUACAAUGAAUUCCUUCUUCAUAGUAAUACACAUAAAAAAUUAAAUAAAAUAAACUGACGCCUUCAAAAAAACGUAUACGAUUUGCCCCGACCCUUAACAAUUAACGUUUCCCAGAAAUUGUCCGAAAUUGUAUUAAGUAUAUAACCUAACUUAAUAUGUAUUAAUAAUAUUGUUAUUUUAUUAUUUAGGUACGUUGUAUUUUAAUAUAUGUAUGUAAUAUUAUCAAAAUACUUCAAAAAUACAAUUCAUUAUAUUGUAACCUAACGUAACCAAUUGAUAAUCUAACAUGAUUACAUAACCAUGAUAACUGUAAACUAAAACCAUAUUAUAUUGUUUAGGCCAUUUCUCUAGGAAACUUUUGGGCACGCAAUAGAGUGGAUACAUUAGACAUUCAAUGUACUAAGAUUUUAUUUAUUACAUGUCCAUUAGAACUGUACGACUUAAUUUGAGUGGACUAUAUGAUGAUACGAAAGAAAAACAACGAAAAAUCGUUGUUGGCGAAUUAUGAAAAUACUCUCGCACAAAAUAUAGUUGUUAUUACCGAAAAUUGAUAAAGUGUGUGGUUUUCGUUUAUCGACCAAAACCAUAAAUGCACCGGUUUCGGUAGUAAUCGCAGUAAAGGGUAUAAUAUAGAAUUUUUAAAUUGAUUAUUAUGUUCGCGACCCACUGGAAUUUAUACGAAACUCUGAUUGGUAUUGUUUCUUUCUUAUUAAGUAUCCACUGCAGUCGUGGCGGGAUUAACGUAUGUGCGACUGGCUGUAGUGCACUUUCCUAGUAAAUGUUCUUAAAUAAAUGUUUUAAACAAGAGUGACUCAAUAAAUAUAUUUAUAUGAUAAUUUAAUUUGUAUUUCGAUGUUUAGAGUGUGAGCCCGGGACCGGUCCAAACGGAAAUGUUGGCGAGUGUUUCAUCGCGAUUCAGAGAUGCGAAGCUAAUUGCAAAUUUUAAAAUCCUUAACCCAGAAGAUAUCGCAAACGCCGUAAUUAGUUCACUGUCCACUCCACCCAAUGUUCUGGUAAGUGGUGAUGACGUUAUUAUUUACAUUUAUAUUCAUCGAUCUUUUUUGCAAAGGUCAUAAUCCUAAAACCAAAAAUUUUACGGAGAAAAUAAAAAAUGUUUCCUAUUUAACAUGACAGAUAUACGAAUUUUAUAUAAAAAUUUACAUAUUAUUCAGUGCUAUAACUCCCAUCCGUAGUGCUCUAAGAAAAUUAUGCAUACUACACCUAGCUGGCACAAAUUUUAAUAAAUUGGGGGAAAGAGGGGUUAAAAAAAAGAGCUAAGUCUACAGCUUCAUCAAAUCCUUAUCUAGUAAAUACAGUGUACUUGUAAAAUAAAAUAUAUAUAAACAAAUAAUCAAAAUUACAGAGGCUUCAGUCUCUCUCCAAAAUAAUUGAAUUAUUUGCACAUAAAAAUGUUAAAAAAAGGAGCUGAAAAUGUCAUGUACUCAUGUAUUAUACAAUUUUAAUAUUAUUUAUUAUUUUUUUUUUUAAUACUUCAUUAUUAAUUCAAUAUUUUUAAAAAAAAUUACCUAAAUUUCGAGUUUUGUGGCAAAAAUAGUAUCAUUGUAUACAGUAGGUUCCAAAGAGUAUAUAUUUAGAAUUUAUUUAGAAUACUUUAUAAAUACUUACUAAAUUAAGGAUUAGGAAAUUAUUUUAAACACUGUCUUGAAUGUGUUUGUUUUUGAAUUUCAAGCAAUUCCAUGUAAAAACUUUUAUUCAUUCAAAAAUUGAAAAUUCCGUGUUGUUAUUUAAUAUUUAAAGUAAUAAAAUAAUACACUAUAAUUUAUAUUCUGUGAUUUGGAUCACGAGUUAAUUUGGUUUCAAUAAGAAAUAAACCAACUGAGUAGAAAAGUUGUUCGUAACUCGGUAAUCAGCUGAUUGAGGGUCGCUUCUAUAUUCGGUGAUAAUACGGUCGUACUCUACGGGUGAACCAAACCCAAGUUAUAUUUUACAUACUGAAAAAACAUAUAAAAUUAAUUUCAAUACAAUCAUUAGUAUGUAAAACGAAGACUCAACACAAAGAGGAAGAAAACUUUUUAAUACUUUUGAUUAUAUUAGCUAUAAUCAAUAAACAUAUAUUUUAAUUAUCAAAUUUUAAAGUCUUUAGGUAUAUGAAAUGAAAUAAACUUUGCUCUCCCCGCCCCAUGCAAAUUUCCCGAGUCACGCUCAUACCACCAAAAGAAAUGCAUUGGUUUUACAAUAAUGUUUUUUUUUUUUAUUUAGAUAGCAGAAAUGAUCGUAAUACCUACCGGAACCACGAUACAACAGCACAGCCAACCGAGUGUUGAAGUCGUUGAAAAUAUAUUAAAAUCAUGAAUUUUUUUUUUUUUUAUCAUUUACCUAAAAUAUAAUGUAUACAUACCAAAAUUAUUGAUAAAUAAACGUGAAACCAAUUAUUAUUGUAAUUAAGUGUAC